GUCGACACCGUGACGAAAGCCGGGCACCAGGACACAAAUUGGCAGGAGACUGUAACGUCUUGCAGGAGCUGAUACAAAAUCACCGACAAAAUUCAAAUGACAUCUGUGGCGUAUUUGAUAAUUUUGCCUUUCAUGAUCUAUGAAGCCUUUGCCGUGAAUUUUUGCUCGCUACCACAUGAUAAACCCUACUUCUGCACAGAGAAGGGCGAGAAGCAUGAACGGCUUUGUCCGCAGUUAUCUAAGUAUUGUGAGCAUAAAGGAGAGAAAACGUGCCUCUGUGAUGAAGGGUACUUUCGUCGCCAAUUUUGGUACGAGUGCGUGAGAUGGAGGGAAUGCGUCCACAGAGAAAACAGCAACCUUGAGCUAAUCUGUGCGAAACGCACCCUCUACUUAGUAGGGGCAUCUGCAGCGAUGUGGGGUACAAAUAAGGUGAAGUGUAUGAAAUCAACAUUUGGUGGCAAUAAUGGAAAUGGUUGUCUUCGCCAAGUAGAGUUCGACGAGACAACCGAACUGACGGAAUCCACAAAGAGUUGGCAUGGGAGAUUGUGGUUCCACAGGAACUAUGCAAUAUUUCCAAAGGUUGUACAGCACUCGGACCAGCCGUACAUCUUGAUUACUUUUUUUGGAAGAACUCCUGUGAGCGUUCCGCGAAAAUACAGCAUUUUGCACGCUACAAGCCGAUGUCUCAUUACAGGGGCAAUUCCAGAGCAAGGAGAAACAACGAGCUGCACUUACUGGGUUCCGGAGCAAGACGUUAAAAGCCGGAGUGCAGAUUGUGACUUCAUUUUCAAUGCGUACUGCACGUCCCCGGAAUUUUUCUCAUGCGAUGAAUACAGCAGAGAAACCAGCAACCUUGAGCUAAGCUGUGCGCCAGAUACCCUCUACUUAGUAGGGGCAUCUACUGCGAUGUGGGGUACAAAUAAGGUGAAGUGCAUGAAAUCACCAUUUCGUGGCAUCUAUACAAGAGGUUGUCUUCGCCAAGUAGUGUUCGACGAGACGACCGCCAUGACGGAAUCCACAAAGAAUUGGCAUGGAAAAUAUUGGUUCCACAGGAACUAUACAAUUUUUGCACAAGUUGUACAGCAGUCGCUCCAGCCAUACAUCUGGAUUACUUAUUACGGAAGAGCCCCUCCUGUAAGCGUUCCGCAAAAAUACAGCAUUUCGCACGCGACUAGCCAGUGCCUGAUUACAGGGGUGAUUCCAGAGCAAGGAGAAAAAACCCACUGUACAUACUGGGUUCCUGAGCAAGUCGUUAAAAGCCGGAGUCCAGAUUGUGACUUCAUUUUCAAGAAGUACUGCACGUCCCCGCAAUUUCUCUCAUUCGAUAAAUGUGAGUAGGGCUGCAACUUAUCAAUAAAAUCACCUUUCUUUCCA